AUUCCCCACGUCCGUUGUCCGGGCCAUGGAGGGUUUGGUGCUGCGCCCCGCCAAGGACUACCGUGUGGUGCUGCUGGGCAGCGUGGCGGUGGGCAAGACGGCGCUGGCCACGCAGUUCGCGUGCGGCCGCUUCCCCGAGCGCUGUGAGCCGUCGGUGGAGGAGCUGUUCAGCAAGGUGAUCGAAGUAAACCGGGCUCCCGCGCUGCUGGAGAUCGUGGACACGGUGGGCGCCGAGCAUCUGGUCACCCUCAAGGACCUGUACAUCAGGAACAGCGACGGCUUCGUGGUGCUCUACAGCGUCUGCAACGAGGCCUCGUUCCAGGCUGUGCGGCCGCUGCGGGAGCGCAUGGGCCGGCUGCGGGGCUCGCGCGCCGUCCCGCUGGUGUUGGUGGGCACCAAGGUCGACCUGGACGCCGAGCGCCAAGUACUGACGGCUCAGGGCCGCGCGCUGGCCCGCGAGUGGCGCUGCCCUUUCCUGGAGAUCACGGCCAAGAGCAAAAUGAUGGUGGACCGCGUGUUCACGCAGGUGGUGCGCGAGAUGGAGGCCCUGGCCCCGCCAGGGCAGGAGGCUCCACGCAUCCCCGCCAACGCCCCGGAGACGUGGCCGGCCGAGAGGUUCAUUGGCUAGAGCGCCCGCCGCGGUCCGCGGGCUCAGUGCCUUUCCCCACAAAGUUAUCCAACGGUAAACAAGUGGCUGCUUUUCUGUGUAUUCAGCAAAGGGUGCUGGUGCCUCAAACUGCCUGCGUGUCUUUCUUCAACGUCAGGCAGAAACUUUGCAGCAUCCCCUACGUUGACCUCCGGCUGUGCUACGAGAAGAAACCAAAAUUUACAUUUUACUGUAGAGAGAAUUUACAGCCCUGUUCAAUCUGUUUCUGGACCCUCACCUGCCCGUCUAAGUUUUGUAAAUAGCAACUCGUGAGCUCUUUUGAUUGGUCGUGAAGUGUGCGCUGAAGAGAUGCUUUCUUCUGCUUGAGGAGGGUUUUCCUCUCCUUCUCAGACUUGAAUCCAGCAGUAAGAUUUUCCUCAACAUGAAUUCCUAAAUAUAGUUAUGACUUAUGCCAUGUUGGUCUGAAAGGGGAUACUGUACGGGGGCGGGGGGUUGGACGGGGACACACAACUGUGCACACACAGAAAGAUAGCUCGGCCCGACCUUGUAAUUGACAUUUGGUUGUUUUCCACAUCCCUGCAUUGGAAAUAAAAUUUAGAAGUUGGUAA